CUACAUCUUGCAUUCCAUCGCCCAGACGUGUGAUUUUACUAACACGCCAUGUCUCAGGAAUCAACCCGUCAGGAUGACACCCAGUCCUUGACUGCGAGUGUAAUGGACUACCCCAUGGAACAUGGAAGACGAUACCACAGAUAUCAUGAAGGCGCAUACCUGUACCCGAACGACGAGCAAGAGCUAGACCGCAUGGACCUGCAACACCACAUGCUCAAAAUCAUCAACAGCGGACAGUUGUUCUUCGCCCCGGUAGAGAACCCCAGAAGGAUCCUUGAUAUCGGCACUGGCUCCGGUAUUUGGCCUAUCGAAUUGGCAACCCAAUUUCCCACAGCCGAAAUCAUCGGCACCGAUCUCUCGCCCGUCCAGCCGAACGAAGUCCCCGAAAACGUGCAUUUCAUCGUCGACGACGCCACAGAGGACGACUGGCUCUGGGGUCCUGACCACUUCGACCUCGUCCACGUCGGCCACCUCUCCGGCGCCCUAUCAUCAUACAAAGACCUGCUGCGGCUGAGCUUCAAACACCUCACGCCCGGCGGCUACGUCGAAAGCCACGAGUUCGACCCGAUACCCAAAUGCGACGACGGGACCAUGCCCCCGAUGGACGACGAGAAGUUCAGCGAUUACGCCCUGCAGGAUCUCAUGGACCUGCACGUCCGGUCAGGGCAGGUCUCCGACCCGCCGCGGCAAUUCCGCGUGGCUCAUCGCCUGGUCCGCUGGAUGCGAGACGUCGGCUUCGUGGAUGUCCAGGAGCGGGUCGUCAAAGUGCCCGUGAAUCCGUGGCCCGGCGAUUCGCACCUCAAAAUGAUCGGCUCAUGGAGCGAGACAAAUAUCAUGGAAGCUGUCGCCGGCUGGUCCUACAAGCCCCUCAGUAUUCUGGGCUGGUCGAAGCCCGAAAUCGAGGUCUUUCUCGUCGAUGUGAGAAAGUCUGUCCAGAAUCGUGAGGUUCAUGCGUAUCUGAACUAUCACGUCGCGCCCAUGUCUUUCGGCAGACAUGCCUGCAGGCAUGUACUCCAGCCUUCGGUCCCCUCGUCGCACGGCAUCACCGACCACGUCUGGAUCAGCGACGACUUCCUGAUCUCCACCUUCCGUCGAUUCGCGGCCAACGGCCAACGACGCUACGAGAGCCGCGUCCCGGGCCCAUUGGAGGCCAGGAGACGGCUCGCUAGGCGCAAGAAUACCUCCCUCUCAGUCAUUGCGGGUGCCGGCCCGCUGGAUGAUAUCGCUUGUUUGUUUGGGCGUAAUGGGAAGGAGCAUUUGAAGUGGGCGGAUGGGGGGAGUUCAGGGAAGGGUGAGAGGGAUUGCGCAUAUUUGGGGUUUUUACGGUUCGGUGCGCCCCCGCCCCCGCCUGCGCCUCCGAUGUCGACUCCGGUUGCUCGCGAGGAGCCAUCAUCGAUGCUAUCCGCGGUUUCGGAGAAGGAUUCGCGCGGCAGACGGUUUAAGGAGCGGUUGCUGAGGUGUGACACGGUGGAAUCUGCGAAGAGUCUGGUGAAGGAAUUGGAAAUCAAUAUGGCUCGAGAGCCAGGGUACAGUCAGCUGAUAUUCGACCAUUUCUUGUCGACGACGGUUGGGGGGAGUGAGGGGGUUGGGGAGCUGGCCUUGUUUCUGGAUGACCCGCAGCUCAAUGUUCGGGGAGCACGGAAUUAUCUUACUGUGAUUGAACUGAUUGUUUCGGACUGUAUGAGAUGGAGUGUGCUGUUUGAUGCUGUCCCACGGGCUCUGGAGCUUGGGUUGAUACCUCCGGAUGAGCUGGAAGCUAUGCUGAAGAAGAUUUCAGGUUGGGUGCCGUCGAAGAAGGACAGCAGGAUACCGCCCCCGCUUAGGGUGACGGAGAUAGAUCAGAGGAUGUGGGAUGCGAUUGGCCGGUGCGAUAUCUACGGUCAUUGGCAUCUGAACGAGGAUAUCGUUGAGACGUGGCUCGGAGCUAUCCGAGACAGAGGCAUGUAUGAAAACUUGCCCUUGGCGAAAAGCAUCAUCGUGGGUGCCAGAGGUCUGGCGUCUCCUCGGGGGGCUCGUCGCUCUUCGUGGGCGUCCCUGUUUAUCAUAGAUUGGCUGGGAUGCCCCGAGAGAUUGCGUGUCGAAGUGGGUGAGGAUUACGCAAAUGAGAUGCUGAGCGAGCUGAAACCUGGUGUUGCGACUGCUACCAUCAUAUCGAUCACGGAAUCUCUGGCUUUCGAGAAGAAUAACCAAGCUUUGAAACGGUGGCAGAAAUGCUUGACCAAGGCUGAGAACAUUGAGGACCUUGCGUCGUCAAAGAGAUGGACAAGGGGGCAUUUUGAUUCUCAUAUCGCUCCAAGCAAUCACGCCUUCGCACCGCAUCAGCAAGUCAUUAUCCGUCUAUGGGCUUUGCGGUCACUCGCCAAGAGCUUUCCUUCAGGAGGACCCUGGAUCAAACAUAAGAGGCCUACUGAUAGGCCGAUCAUGAGAUGUUUUCGUGUUUACGAAAGAGAAAGGAUGUACGAUCAGGGCUAUGAUUUCUUCAAUAGCUUCAGGAACGACCUUCUCGAUCUGAAGUUGCCUUUUAAUGGUCUCCUAGUGCUGGCUGCUGACAUGAUGACCAAAAAGGCUCUUGUCAAGUCGACGCGACACAACCUGACGGUGAUGGAGUCCUCGGACGUCUCCUUUGAAGAAAUAUUUGGCUCCGACGCCUUCCAGGAUAUCAAGACUCGCUUUUACAGCCAGUUUGAGAAAAUCUCGCGGAACAUCGACGUCACAUCACCCAGCUUCAUCGAGAAGGCGAUCAAUAUCGCCAGAAGCGGCAAUUCGCGAGACAUCUGGACCCUGUUCCGUGUUCUGGAUUGCCAUACUCCGCUCAAGCUGGUCAUCUCCACGGCGUGGGAGUACAUUCCAGAAGAUCCCGAGGACUUACUCGUCCGCCACGGGGCUAAAACUGGAUCCUCCUCCAUGGACCCCCAUGUCGCCCUGGCGAUGAUCCAUCUUCUCGCCGACUCGGUGGCGUGUGCCGAGCGCCUGAAUCCACGUCGCUCCUUCGGCUUCAUCCAUUGGCUGUAUGUCUUCCUGGUGAAACAUGGCGCCCCGGUGAAGCCGAGUCUUGUCCGCGCCAUGUACCAUGCUGGUGUGGUAAGGUAUCGACGCAGGGAGCUGAUGAAGGAGAUUGGGGGACCGGAUGUUUUUGCUGAUCUGAUGGAAACGACUAUAAGUCAACGUCAACAACAGUGGCUUGAGUGAUAUGGAGGUCUUUGUGAUGGGGCAUAUUCACCCCACGGGUUCAUGGGCACUAUCUGGUGACUAUGAAACCACAUGAAACUCGGGCUGUGCCUGGGACUGUACAUAGAAAAUUAG